AUGUCUUACCAACAGCAGCAGUGUAAGCAGCCCAGCCAGCCACCUCCUGUGUGCCCCAUGCCAAAGCGCCCAGAACCAUGUCCACCACCAAAGGGUACAGAGCCCUGCCCACCUCAGCAGUGCCAGCAGAAAUGUCCUCCUGUGCCACCUUCCCCACCCUGCCAGCCAAAGUGUCCACCCAAGAGCAAGUAGCAGCUUCAGGGUUCAUCAGGACCAUGAAAGGAUGAGGAUAAUUGGCCCACCUAGUUCUGCAGCUCCACCUGCGUCUUCUGAUUAAAGCCUACAAUGGAUACACAGGGAGCUUCUUUCCCCUUAGCCUGUGAUCUGCCUGUGAUGAUCCUGGACACCAAAAGGUUUUCUUUCUGAGGCUGCAAUCCUGUCACCGUCCAGGUAGAGACUGAGAAAAGGAAGUCCUCAGCUGUUCCAGCUCCCAGAGCUUUGGAAGAAAGAGCAGCAGUUCUCUCCCUGGGAACCAUCAGAGGAUUCUGUUGAUGUGUUCUGUGUCUGUCUGUCACCUGGGCAUGAGCUUCUUGCACCUGUGCAAUUGUCACUUUUCUUUCACUCCCUGAAUAAAGUAUCUAUGCAU